AUGCUCGAGAGUUCUGGGCGAGAGAAGAGAGCCGGGAGGGAGGAAAAGGGCUGCUGCCGGCGGGGCUGCCGAGGGGGACCCGCCUCCCCCUGCGCCUCGGCAUCGCCCCCCGGCAGCGCCGCCUCGCACCCGCCGCUCGGGGCACUCUGCCCGGGGCCCCUCGCUGCCGCCCCGAAGCGGCGGUGCCUCUGCCAGGGUCAGGCACAAGUCAGUCCCCUCACCCGGCUCCGGCCACUGCCGCCGCCUGGGCAGCCCGGCCCCGGUCCCGGCGGGUCCCGGCCGGGCUCGGGGACCCCCUCGCAGGCCCCGGCCCGGUCCGGCCCGGCCCGGCCCGCGCUGCCCCGGCAGCGAGCGCAGCGCUCGGCGGCUGCGGGAGCGCAGCCGAGCGGGCGGGACGGAGGGCGCCGCUGCCGCUUCGCCGAGCUCUGCAGGGGCAGCGGCCGCCCCGAGACCCCCGCCCGGCCCCUCGCCCGCUCACCUGGGGGUCCCGCUGCAGGCUCCCCGCGGACGGGGGAUCUGUGGCGCCGGGGGCCCCGCCGCACCCCUUCCCUCUCCCAGGAUCCCUCCAAGGACAAGCGCCCGCGGAGCCCUCACCUUAGCUCACCUCAGCUCACCCCAGCGCCGGGGCCGCCCGACCCCCAGGAGCCGCUCCGCAGCCCCCGCCGCCGCGCCGCCCCAGCACGCCGGCACCCUCCUCCCCCGCCGCGGCUCCCCGCCCAGAGCAGACCCCGGGAAACGCCUACCGCAGCUCCUGCCCCCGACCCCCGCCGCCAGCCAGGCGUCCCCCUCCCCUGGGACCCGCCGCCACCCCGCCCGCGGGGAUCGCCGCACAAGCCGAGGCAGAAACCAUCCCGCAGCGGCUGCGGACAGCAGAGAGGGCAGCCACGAGGAUUCCCCCUUGUAAAGGCACCAUAA